GGCAUCUAUACCAACCCGACCAGCAUAAGGCAAGUGAGAAGUUAGAAUUGGGUAAUCUUUGUAAUUUGCAGACAUUGCUGAAUGUUGGGCUUGAAACCAUCAAAAUGGCCACAAGUUUCCGACUCAACCAUCUUCGGAUUCUGGGCUUCAAAGUUCACGUCAAUGGUGAAGCGUCACAUGCAAUACAAAUACUAGUACCAAGCUGUCCACAUUUAUAUCAGCUAUUUGUUAACUACCCUAUUCUGAAACUUCUAGAAACUUGUCAAUUCUCUCCAAAUCUUGCCGAGUUGGAAUUAAAGUUCUCUCAUCUUAAAGAAGACCCAAUGCCAACCUUAGAGAAGUUGCCCUACUUAAAAACCCUUGACCUCUCUUUUCUCUCUUUCUUUGGGAAGGAUAUGGUUUGUUCUGAAGGAGGAUUUCUUUUGCUUCAGUAUCUUAUCCUUGUUAAUAUAAACAUAAAGGAGUGGAGGGUGAAGGAAGGAGCCAUGCCCAGUCUCUGCCAUUUGAGAAUUGAUAACUGCUGGGGAUUGAAGGCUAUUCCAGAUGGAUUGAGGUUCGUCACAACCCUCCAGGAAUUGGAGAUCAAUUUCAUGCCGAAGUCAUUCACAGAUAGGCUUGAGAAAGGAGGACCCGAUUUUUACAAAGUCCAACAUGUGCCUUCCCUUGUAUUUACAAAUUACUGGUGAAAUCAUCCUUGGUACAAAAGUUUCUACUCUGCUUCAACCCAUGAAAAAUCAACAAAAUAUUUUCACUACUUUGCAACUUGUACGGGUUGGUGUCAGUCUGUCCUUUGUUAAACAGUAGCAGUGUAUCUUAGUGAGCUGGGAAAAUCAAAUAGCAUGGAUGGAAUCACUGCUCUUUCCAUAUCUUUACAGCUACUAAAGCACCGGUUAUGUGAAAUUGAGAAAGAA